CACGCCCACCUCCUCCUCCUCCUCCGUCCUCCUCUCUCUCCCCAAAUCGAACAUCGAGAGAGAGAGAGAGAGAGGUCUAAAACCCUAACCCCCGAAUCGAAUCUCGUCGGAAGCCGCCGCCGCCGCCGCCGCCGACGACGACGCCCGCGACGCCAUGGACAUGGGAGCGAUGAGCGAUCCUGAGAGGAUGUUCUUCUUCGACCUGGCAUGCCAGAACGCCAAGGUCACCUACGAACAGAACCCGCACGACGCCGACAAUCUCACGCGGUGGGGAGGCGCGCUGCUCGAGCUCUCGCAGAUGCGGAACGGCCCCGAGAGCCUCAAGUGCCUAGAAGAUGCGGAAUCCAAGCUGGAGGAAGCACUGAAAAUUGAUCCCAUGAAGGCGGAUGCGCUUUGGUGCUUGGGAAAUGCACAGACCUCUCAUGGAUUCUUCACUUCAGACACUGUCAAGGCCAAUGAAUUCUUUGAAAAGGCAACCCAGUGUUUCCAGAAGGCUGUUGAUGUGGAACCUGCGAAUGAUCUUUACAGGAAGUCAUUGGAUUUGUCAUCCAAGGCGCCAGAACUGCACAUGGAGAUUCAUAGGCAAAUGGCAUCUCAGGCUUCACAAGCUGCAUCCUCAACCUCGAAUACAAGGCAAUCAAGGAAGAAGAAGAAGGAUAGCGACUUCUGGUAUGAUGUCUUCGGGUGGGUGGUUCUUGGGGUUGGCAUGGUUGUCUGGGUGGGUCUUGCCAAAUCUAAUGCCCCGCCCCAAGCUCCUAGGUGAGGUGGGUCGUCUUCCAACACUACCUGCAGAAGGCAGCGUGCCUAUGUUAGGUGCCUCAGACUUCAAAUCUUGCUAGUGGCUAGUUAAUCAUGGAGAGGAACUGGUGUUUCCAUGUUACAGUUUGGUCAGAUUUUCAAUGCCUGAUAUCCUUUUCCAGCUUUGAUGAGGUUUAGAUGAGUCAUAAAUCAACACUUAUUGAUACUUGUUUAUCCCGGUAUUGUUUUGAGGCAAAAACUAUUAUUACUAUGUUUUGAUCGUUUUAUCAAUGCUAUCUGCAUUAUAUAUACUGCCACACUGGGUGCUAUUGUAUGGUGAACGGCAUCCUUUCUUUUAUUAAGCACAUAAUGCUCAGCUGUUGUCUGAAUCCCA